AUGUGGGCCUCUGGAGAAGCUUGCUGGUGUCCGGCAGACAACGUGGAAGUCUUCUAUGGCAUCGACUCGGUGAUUCCUAUCGACAAGAUGUGCGAGAAUAGAACUCAAAAUCGCUUUGUUUUCGACUCCGCCUAGCCAGACCGGUAUGUGUUCACGUACCCUCUUUUCCAGGCACCUCGCUGUACGGCCAAUGUAUCGCGCUCCACAGAAGCAAGCGAAUGAAUAAAUGCACAUCGAUUUGGCCUACAAUGGUAGUCUGUCUUUAUUUCCUAAACGUUGUAGGUAAGAGCUUGUGAAACAUACGCGUAAACUCGGCACGGGGAAACCGUUAAUGCUCGCUGUCUUCAGACGUCAUCUUUCUAGGUGGCUUGCUACGUCCUCCUAAACAGCAGUCUUAUAAACAAGUCUUUCUGCUCUGCAGUCGUCAUGGUAGGCUUUGCAGUGCGCUCUCCAAUAUUUCGGAGGUCAAAUCUAUCUGGGUAUCCGUUCUCGCGAAGUGUGUUCCGCAGUUGUUGUUCUGCUUCAACAGUCUCCGGAGAGCGGAUACGUCACACUCCAGCUGCGCAUGCAAAUUACCUCGAAAACCUCGGCAGUCCGGUCGGCUUAGUGAAAAGCAGCGAAGGCUGAAGUUUAAAUUUAGGAGGCCAACCAGAUGGCCGCUUAACAAGCCAAAAGAGCUCCUCGCAAUUGUCAAGCGACACAAAUCGCCAACACAAGCACCCGACCUCUUCAAACAGGCCCAGGCUGUUAAUGAGCUUUCCGCGCGCUGAUCAGUCUAACUGGGCAUCUCAGGAUACAUUUCAGAAACAACCUCAACAAUUAACCCUGUCCUCAUCAUCAGGUGCGAAUUAUUGCACUGUAACAUUGUAUCAAGGACAUUUAAACAACGAUCGGUUGGGCAUGCCUGAAUUUGGUGACAGUCGAAGAGAACUCAACCAAAGGUCCACUGAGGACUAACUGUCGUACCCGCUGAGGAAAGAACCAGACCGCUGAAUGGCACACACCAGAGCAGGAAAAAUAAUAGGACUGUGACACUCUUCGCUGUUGCAAAAGCGUUAGGAAAAAAGGUGGGACUACAAAAACUGAGAAUGAAGUCUAUUAACUCCUUUAACUGAUUCGCGUGUACAUGAAGGUAUGGGCAGGACAACGAGUACUUUUUUCGGGUACGCGGAGACGUUUCGCGUCAUCGCCACCGUCAAUCCAAUGAGCCACUAAUGCCGCUUGUUCGUUGUCAAAAACCAAGGCACUAUUGGCGAACACAAGCGGUGUUUUCUGAAUGUCACACAGGGCCUUCGCCCGUCCCCUUUAGGUUCCCGCUGCGCAAUCGAAGAUGGGGGGAGGCAGGGGUUCCACCCAACAGCGUGUUUGACCAUUGGUUAAAGCACCCCAGUCGCCGGCGCAGGCAGUGUGGUGGGUUAUUUCCAACCCUACUCGAGUCUCUCCACCUCCACCAACUGGCUUCCUACAACAUUUGAUAUCAACUUGGAAGAAAGGCAAUUAGGGCGGUUCUCAUCCUUCUCCUCCUCCUCCUCCUCCUCCUCCUCCUCCUCCUCCUCCUCCUCCUCAUCCUCAUCCUCCUACUUCUCCUUGAUUUUGAUGUACCCGGAUGGCAUCAACGACGAUCACCUCACUCACAGCUGA